AUGCCGUCACAGGGAGGUUUGAUCGACACAAAUGCCCUCGCAGUCCAGUACGACCGAGCAUCGCAAGACGCGAACGAGGAUUCUGCAACCGGGCUAUGGGACCGUCUCCUCAACAACACCUUUACCGAUGACAGUUGGAUUGUAACUCCUCAAAAACGCCAGGCAACCGGCGCCCGUCCAGACUUUGUUAUUGAGCGAUUCUGGACGAAUGGCGCGUUCAUCGAGGUUGUCGUCGUCGAAGCAAAACCCGAACAUCAAAGUAUGGCGCAGGACAACCACACAGACGAGCAGGUAUUAGGCUACGCAAGAACCGCUCUCCAAACUGGCCAAGCAAAGGGUCAAAUGAAGAUAUUUGCUCUUCGGGUUGUGGUUGGCUUGGGGUGGGUGCACGAAUUGUUUGGUUCACAAAGCUCCCUAUCGGCAUACUUACUCACCAUAUACUUGACACCAGCAUACCCGAAGGUAUGGGCUACUGUCGACCUUGCGUUCUAUGUGCUUCUACAACUCGAAAAUAGCGCGAAGGGUGCUGGCCCGCUCAUUAGGCCCUCGACAGCCUUUAUGCCACCAGGCGUUGCUACGCAUUCCCUCUGUUGGUUGGUUGUGACAAAGGCCCUUGGAUCUGAAGGGGUCAAAGUUGAAUGGCUUGACAGAUUUUGCCGGCUCCUUCAAGAUAUGGCGCCCUUUCUUACUCCGAUACGGUAUCCGCACGGCCCUGGAAUACCUAAUGAAGUCGAGGGUAUCGGCCCCGAACUGGCGGAAAAAUCCUUAGAAAGCACGAGCGGCAUUUUCGGCAGAUUCUCCCUUCCACACGAGAUUAUCCAGAUUAUCUACGGGCAUUUGAACAGCUACCCGGACGUAUAUCACCUACAAGAAGUAGCUGGGAUAGAGUUGAAUAGAUUUGGGUAUGAAGGCGAAUCAGCGGUUGCAAUAUCAUCGAGAGAACUUAAUGGCCUGCGUCUGGUAUCAGAUGCCGAAGGCUUUACGGCCUUGCAGGUGAAGAACAUUUCUUGGGAAGCGUGCUGGCAUGGAUCUACUCUCGAUUCGGACGACCUUGUGUAUACUCAGAUGGAGUGGCCUAUCGAAUGUUCUACUAGGCUUGUACCCUCAUAUGACUCCUUUAAAAUCCGUGCAAUAUCAGUGCUCCAUGGCACAGGCCUGCCUCAACACCGAUCCAUUUCCUGGAAAUCCCGGCUUCCGCCUGAGGAGCUAGUACCGGUUGUCCUGGCAGACUGCGGGCCCGUCGAAGGCAUAUUACCUCUUAGUUUCGUUGACAGGCAGCUAGAAACUGCCAAUGCCAUAAGUGCGUUCGUGGAUGCGAGUAGCCAAGUUAUUACGGGCUUCGAACUCGACUUCGGAAGCAUUAAGCUUAACCUCGGCAAUCCACAUCCAUUGGUAACUAAGCUUUCGUUUUAUACCAACGCCCAGGCGAAGGAAACGUUCGUCGGAAUUGCCUGUGCGAAGUCAGAUGAGACCAUAGCGGUCAAGGUAAAAUCUCCUAUUCCAUGUCUGAAUACAAAAGCUUACCUAGAUCGCUAG